GGUUUCAUUGUAGUUUCGUUAUCAGUAGUGCCCGACUCACUGCAGCUCUGUGGUUUGCUGAUUGCCCGUAUUUCUACGUUGCGUUUUUCUGCAAUUUAUACAUGACACGAGGUUACUGGAGAUGCCAAAGUAAGCUGCUGUCUUGGCACCAUUUACUGAGGAGCAAGCAAACAAGAGCGGUCUGGCUGGCGCGUUUGAUUUCAGCUACAAAAUGUUGUCAAAGUACGUGUUGGAGCCAGCUUCCCGAUGUAUGUGCCGUGUCGUGGCAACUGUGUGUGUAGCUUGACAUGUUGCUGCCUUCGAGCUUUCACAUAACCACCAGAGCCGGGUGAAGAAAAAUCGCAGUCAUGCCGAGCAGUGCAACUAGUAACACCCUGACUUUCACGGCGCUGUGGACUCCCGAUUCGAAGCAAGACAGCGGUCUCUACGUAAGACGUUACCGGCAGUUCUUUGAGUCAUGCAUAGCUUCAGCUCGCGUGGACGUGUCUGACCCCGCUGAGUUCUGCAAUGGCAGAUACGGUGAUCGCAUUUACCAAUCUGUCUGCACUAUCCUGCUGGACUGCAGUAUGUCAGCCGCCAAGCUGGAACAACUUUACUUCAAGCUCGCUCGACAGUGGUGCAUGGACGCACGGGUGGAAGGGAGUCCGCGUUUACUCCAGUGGCUUGCUCCCGAUCGCAAAGACGGUUUCCAGCGUGGUUCUGUGACGUGCGAAAGGAACAUUCAACUGUCGUUUCUUUCCUUCGGGGCUUGUGUAGGCUUGACUUCGUUCGCUCAGUGCGCGUCCAUUUGCCCUGGACCUAGCAGCUCCCUCGGUUAUAAGCUAGUCUGCGUGUUCAAGCAUGACGUGCGAGUCAUCUGGAUUUUCCUCACGCUGCAACAUUCCCAUCAGUGCACUAAUCCGGACACCACAUACAAGCUAGAGAUCCCGUACGAAAACAUACUGCGCGCGGUCGUGGACGAUCGCGAGGGCAAUGCUGCAGCGACAGACGUGUACCUACACCUCUCGACUUUUCCACUCAUAUACAAGAAGUCGGAAAAAACGGCUUCCCAGAAACAAGACGAGCCGUCCGAUCCGGCAAACACUUCGAACGCUCGAAAUCCCGAGCAUUUCUCGUAUGAGCGGGCAAUCGAGAUUGGUUGCUUCUGCACCAGUGUGAUACCAUCGUCCAAACUUGGGACCAACUUCGUAUUGGUGCUUGGCCUCCGUAACAAGUUCAAGGCGCGCCAAAUCUUAGGGCGCCUCAGCCGAAGGUGUGACAUGGGGACAAUCUUUGCCUACACGUCCGUCAACGUGCACGAAGUGGGCACUAAGAUGGAAGCCAUGCGUAAGUGGUACGACACGCACAUAACCGACUGGGUCGGCUACGAGUGCUGCUACGCACUUUACGCCCUCAUGCUGCAAAGCAGCGACCUUGCGGCUCAACUGGUGCUGCUCUCACAGCACGAUUUGUUGGAAAGCUUCUCAAAGACCCUUCGGGAGUUCGCUUCACACAAUCAGGCGCUUCUCGAGCCAGCCCUGUUUGCGGUAAGCGCAGACAUAGAGGCGCGGCACAUUGUGACCAUCCCGGAAGCCAUCGAGAAGGCCUUUCGCAAGAUGUCCCAAACCUUUGUGCCCCAUGCGGCACCUCCCGGCUCGUGCCUCGUGCGACGCGUAUUCUUGCUACCGUCCCGUCUCCUCCUGCUGCCCCCGUGCGUUCAUCAAGAGAACAGAGUCCUACGCAAGUUUCUGCCUGAGUUUGCGUUGAGGGUGACAAUCCGGGAUGACAACCUCCGGCCACUUUCUCACUCCUUGGCCUUCCAUCAACACAAGAACGAAAUUGUGGAGGCCAUUGUUGGACGAGCCCUCCGCAGGGGCAUCUACAUUGGCCGCCGGCAGUUCAAACUCCUAGCAGCGUCGUGUAGUCAACUGAGAGACCAUGGGGUCUGGCUUUUUGCAACAGUCACCCGAGGCCAAUGUCCCGAGGGCAUUCGUGAGUGGAUGGGCGACUUCAGCAAAAUCACCAGUAUUGCCAAGAAAAUGGCUCGCAUGGGUCAGUGUUUCUCCUCGACCGAGGAAUCGGUGCAAGUUCCCCUCGGGAUUGGUGCGGUCACCGAAGCAGACAAGGUUGGAGGAUGCCACCCAAAGUCUAAAAACCCUUACGUCUUCUCCGACGGAAUUGGCAUGGUGUCGAGAUCUCUGCUGCAGAAGGUUUGCCAAAAGCUGGGCAUCGAGGACGAGCCGUCGGCCAUUCAGAUCCGCUACGCGGGCUACAAGGGCAUGUUGUGCUUGAACCCAACCCUAGAUGGCGACAAGCUGGUUUUGCGGGAAAGCAUGUGCAAGUUCCCUUGCUCCACUUCCGACGUUCUUGAGGUCAUCAAGGUCUCAGCUCCUCGCACUGUUUGCCUUAACCGGCCCCUGAUCACCAUCUUGGAACAGCUUGGUGUUCCUGGCCACGCCUUUGUGAACCUCCAGCAGAACAUGGUGCUUCAGCUUGCCGACGCGCUGGUCUGCGAGGAUGUUGCGCUGGAUACCCUCGGCAGUUACGUGGAAGUGCCGUUCUUCUUCCGAGAGCUUCAGAGUCGGGGGUUUCUGCUGACGCGGCAUCCCUUCGUGCGCCUGCUCCUCUGCACUGUGUACAAGAGUGCCAUGGAUGGACUGCGUACCAAGACUCGCAUUGCGGUGGCGAGUGGCGCUGGCCGCAACAUGCUGGGCGUCUUGGACGAGACGGGCCGACUUCAGUACGGCCAGGUUUUCGUUCAGUACACUGAAUUGGGCACUGAUAGCAAGGCAACUCACGUCCUCACAGGUACUGUGCUGGUGACAAAGUGCCCGUGCCUUCACCCCGGCGACGUGCGAAAGUUUGAAGCAGUGGACGUGCCAGAGCUACGUCACAUCAAGGAUUGCAUUGUGUUUCCCGCAAAAGGACCGAGGCCUCAUCCAAAUGAGAUGGCUGGUUCUGAUUUGGAUGGUGAUGAGUACGUGGUGAUAUGGGACAAAGACCUCUUUUUUCCUGGAGCCAACCGCAAGCCCAUGACUUUUAGGGACCACACAGUGGCAGGUCAUUCAGACGACGACCUGGAAGAAGCCAUGAUUCAGUUCAUCUGCAGCUACAUCAAGAAUGACAACAUUGGCGUGAUGGCCAAUGCCCACCUCGCUUGGGCCGACCAGCUGGAGGACGGCAUCUUCUCCGACUGCUGCCUGAAGAUUGCGGACAAGAUCUCGGUGUGCCUCGACUUCGCCAAGACCGGGACGUCCUCUCACCUUGACAAGAAGGAAAAGCCGCCGUUGUACCCCGACUUCAUGGAGAAGGGCUGCCACAAGAACACUUAUCAGUCCAAGCGGAUCUUGGGCCAGCUGUACCGACUUCAUCGGUCGUUGGAAGCUGUGGUUAGCACCGACUUUGAAAACCACUUCAUCGAAAGUGACUGUCAAAGCAAGCUCUUCGAGUUCGAGGGCUGGCAAGACUACCGAGAGAGUGCAGAGCGGUCGCUUGCCGAGUACGCAUCAAAAAUGCAGAGGAUCCUCAGCCAGCACGGUAUCAGGAGCGAGGGCGAAGUGGUCGCAGGCCUCGUGAACAAGGUUUUCGACUUCAACAAGACCACCCACGAGAAGACGAACGUCGAGACUCUAGUGGCAAAGCAGUACCAGCACCUGGUCAAAGAGACGCGGCAGCGUUUUUUUGACACUGUGGAAGCCGCUUACGAAGACAAGGCCGUCACUACGGACGACCAAAGGAAGACGGUGCUUCUACAGGUGGCGUCUGCGUGGUAUAUGGUGACGUACAGUGCCGAAGCACCGAACGAAUCGCGCUGUUGCAGCUUUCCAUGGGCUCUGGCCGACAUUUUGCUAGUGCUCGCCCAGGCUCUGUCAGGUGACGCGAAAAUUCCCCGGACUUCGCCAAACUUCCUGCUUUCCAAGUUGAACGCGACAUUUGCCGAAGAGUCGACGCAAGCUUCUACGAAGGAUCUCGCCCUCGAAGUAAUCACAAAGUGGGCCGUCAAAGACGAACUGGUGAAAGAUUCGAAAGCAAAGCAUUCCUCCAUUUGCAAGUCGUGCUUGUCCAAAAUCUUUGAGGACUCUGUUAAGGCCACGCAACAGCAAGAAUCGGGGAGUAGAGACUCCGAGCAAACUGAAGGGAAUGCCCAAUGCAAUGGCAGGAUGUUUACCGUCGGUGAGCUGGUGCUCGGGUUCCUGAGGCACGUGAGUGGCGCGAGGGUGCAGUUCCCGCCCUGCAACGAGUGCAAGUGGUCCCUAUCGAUGACUCGGACGAUCACCAUGGCCGCCGUGAGAACUUACAGCCUGCUUGCUAUCACCAGAGACCUGUGCCACUUGGGUCUGCCCUGCGAGCCGGAACUCCACGAGCCAGUGCAGAUAGUUCAAGAAGGAAACCCCGUUCGCAUACAAGCCAAGCACCCUGAGUUCAUGGACCUGCUUCGUCACAGCCCAGAGGAAGUGGAAGAGCUGCUCCGUGAUUGGUCGGGCGUCCAGGAGGUCCACAUUCGGGGAGACAUGAGCCACAGCGGCCACUACCUGCUAGUCUCGGCAGUAGGUCGCGACUGGCAGCGUUGGUUUCUCGAAGAGCUCGUGCUGCAGCCGUGGCUGGGCGAUGCCGUGGUCAAGAAGGAAAUUGAAUCGUUCCUCGAGCAGUGACCGCUGGUGGUGACAAUGCAGAGCUGUGAUAUUUCCCUUGGUGCCUUACAGGCUCAGGCUAGUGGCAGUCAUAGUCAGUGCCGUUUAACGUGCCAAGCUAUGCCACAUCACGAAAGUAGAGGAGCCAAAUACAUGCGCUGAUCUUAUCCUUCUUUUGUAGUAGUUAAGCUGCUGUGUAGAAUGGAAUAUACUACUUAGUCUAAAGACUCCUGCUCUUAGUCAUUGGGGGGAGGGGUUGUUUGGUGGGGUUAGCAUAAUCCUUUGUGGAAU